CUCUGCGUGUGAGCGGGAGAGAUAGGGAGAGAGUCCUGAAAUGGCUGCAGCUUGGGUUCUGAUGGUGGUGGGUUCGUCAUCAUGGUGCUUCUCUUCCUCUCCUUGUUCUCCUCGAAGGGAGACUAAUGCUGUGAAGAUGGACUCGACCAGGAUUGUCAUUUCUAGUGGCAGAAGAAGUUUGUGCUUAUCGAUGAGAACGAGGACGAGGUCUUCUUCUCCCUCUUCCAACCCUCAACCAGAAGAAGACGAUGACACCGCCAACAAUAACAGCAAGGCCUUCAUUUCUCCGGAGGACUUGAAUUAUUUGUUGAAAUUGGGAGCUGGGUCUGUUGGGGGUGCUGCUGUGAUAAAGUAUGGAAGCAUUCUUUUUCCUGAGAUAACAAGACCGAGCAUUCUACAGGCUUUGAUCAUCAUCUCAUUACCAGUGACUCUAGCUGUAUUGCUUUUGGCAAGGCAAAGUCGCAUCGAGGAACAAAUAAACGAACCUUUCUAAUAAAUCUUUUCAAUAUCCCAGUGAGGUAAGUCAUACCUUGAAGUAUGGGUGCACAUACAAAUUACAUUAGGUAGAUUUUAUGCAUGAUCUAUGUACAUUUGAUGGAUCUGGCCUAUAAUAUCUUAGUUCUUUGACAAUGUGAACUGGUUAGUGACCGUUUAUGAAAUCCUUGAGAAUGUGAUUGAAUCCUUUGAGUGAGGGUAGGGGAUGGGAGGGGGAGCUUGAACUGUGGCUCUUGCCUCAUACUCACCACCAUUUUGAACAGCUUUGCCAUCUCCACACAGUCUUGUUAGACUCUUCCUCUAGUUACUGUAAAAACAAGUUUCAUGAAACACCUAAAAUGGGAAAGGAAAAAGGGGUGAUUUAGAAACUUUAUACUGCUGUGUCUCUUGUUGCUUCAGCUGAAGUGGAAACCAGUAAAACAAUGGAAAUUGACUCGAUUUUCCUCUUAA